AUGGAUUGGGUGUUGAGUUUGUUGAAGGUAGCGUUGGGACCGACACGCUUUCACCCCACACACGAUGUUGGAGGCGGGGUUGAUAUGGCGCCUUCUCCGGAAAAACUGGGAUGUUGGACCCAUCAUCUCCGCCAGUGUCUAGAGGGCGGUACGUUCAAGCGAUGCGGCGUGGACACACUGUGGUACGUGACGGGCACCAACACACAGUACCAGCUGCACCACCGACCACUGGAAGACGGGGAAGAUGAUACGUGCCUUGACAGAGUCAGCUGCGCGGGGGAGGGCUCCGGGCUAAAGCUUGGCGCGUGCAAGAAGUGCUGCGCAAAGGCGUGGAACAUCCUGGGGGACGCGGAGAGCGGUUACAUCCUCACCGAGGGGGACGGAAACCACAACUGCCUGCAGAGGGACGGGGAGUCGGCGAAGGUGGCACCCUGCGACUCCGGCUACGCCAGCCUGUCGCUGCAGUUCGCCUCGAAGGAAGACAUCGCUCUCAUGAUGAGCCCCGGAGCUAGGUUCAUCACGGCUGCCUCCGACGGCGACUUGAGCGCGGUCAAGACCUACCUCAAGGACGGGUUGGACGUGAACAGCCAGGACUGGGACAAGCUCACCGCCCUCGUAGCCGCCGCCUCGCAGGGUCACCUCAAGGUCGUCAAGCAUCUCCUCGACAAGGGUGCCGACGUGAACGCCAAGGACAAGGACGAGAUCUCGGGACUGAUGGAGGCCUCCAUCAUGGGGCACGUGGCCGUCGUGAAGGAGCUGCUCAAGGCGGGGGCAGAGGUGGACGCGGAGGCGAAGUCCGGGGUGACCGCCCUCUGGCUGGCCUCCGGCGAGGGCCGAAAAGAGGUCCUCAAGGAGCUGCUCAAGAGCGGCGCGUCCGCCAACAACAGCCGCAGCGACGGGAUCACGGCCCUCAUGGGGGCCGCCGCAGGCGGGCACGGAGAAGUCGUUGAGAUGCUUCUCAAAGCAGGGGCGGAAGUCGGCGCUAAGGACCACGACGACGUGACGGCCCUCAUGAACGCCGCCGAGAGCGGGUCUCUGGAGGCGGUGGAGGCGUUGCUGGCCAAGGGGGCUGAUCCCGGGUCGAUGAGCACGACGGCCUUUACUCCCCUCAUCGUGGCCGCCGCCGGGGGCCACCUCGACGUCGUCAAGGCGUUGGUAGCGAAGGGCAUCAAGGUGGACGAGAUGCACCCGGACGGCGUGUCGGCUCUCAUGUACGCCUCCGCCGGCGGGCACCCGGAGGUGGUGAAGCUGCUGCUGGAGGGCAAGGGGCCCGGGAAGGCCGACCCCAACCUCAAGCACGUGCAGGGGGGCACUGCGUUGAUGGAAGCCGCGACCUCGGGCAGCCAGGAGGUCGUGGACCUGCUUUUGGCGGCGGGGGCGGACCCCAUGGUCAGGGACAAGGACGGAGUCUCUCCGCUCAUGUCCGCCGCAGCUCAGGGGCGGACCGAGGCUUGCAAGGUUCUCAUCGCCAAGGGCAACGACGUGAACGCCAUGGCUAACUCCGGGGGCACCUCCCUCAUGUUCGCCGCCGGCGCGGGGCACACGGAGGCCGCCGAGGUCUUGAUCGCCGCGGGGGCCGACGUUAACGCCAAGCUAGAGGCGAAGCCCGAGUUCCUUGAGCAGUUCGCCCAGCCGUUCGCGGACGGUGGCGGGGAGCCAACGGGAGCCGAUGCCCACAGGGACGAUGUGCCCCCCCGAAUGGGGGCGGCACAGGGGGACCAGGAGGCGGUGGUGAAGCUGUUGUUGGGAAAGGGGGCGGACUUUGGGGGGAAGGAGGAGGAGGGUUUCCCCCCCCUCUUCAACCCCGGCAACUUCGAGGAGGUGGCGUCUUUCCUGGUGGAGAGCGGGGCCGACCCUAACGAUGUCUACACGGACGACGCCGGCAAGGAACACAACCUCCUCUUCGACAGCGUCACUCUCGGCAACGAGGAGUUCGCCGAGCUGCUGGUGUCGAAGGGGGCGACCGCCUCCUACCGCGACGCCGGCGGCGCGUCGGUCUUGGUCCACGCGUCGCACGCCAAGAUGCCCAAGGUGGUGGAGGCGCUGCUCGGGGCGCCGGGUUCGGCCGGGGUGGACAAGGACGCGGCCAGCGACGAGGGAGUUACACCGCUCAUCGCCGCGGCCAUGAAGGGGCACGUUGAUAUCGUGGACAUGCUCGUUGGGGCCAAGUGCAACCUCGACGCAGCAGACAAGGACGGGACGAACGCUCUGAUGGCGGCGGCGUCGAACGGGCACCUGGAGGCGGCCACCAGCUUGGUCAAGGCGGGGGCAGCGCUUGACAAGCAGAACAGCGAUGGCCACAGCGCCCUCAUGUUCGCCUACAACGGUCGUGCACAGGUUGCGUCUCUCAUGGACAAGUACGCGGAGUACUUGGACGAUGCCGACGACGCUUCGGGCGAGAGCACUACCAUGAUGCGAGAAGCUAUGGCGCACACGCAGUCGAUCAUCGACCUUUUGUUGACAAGCGGGGCGGAGGCCUCCCUCAAGGAUAAGGAGGGCCGAACGGCUAAGGACUUCGACUACCAGCCGCCAGCUGAGGAUGCGGGCGCUGACGCCACCAAAAUGGAGCUUUGAUGAUUGUUUUUUUUGUUUGCUCCGCCUGAGUUUGUCACCUCACCUUUUUUGUGUCUCGGGGAGCUUUGAUAGGGUCAUUGCCCCGCACGAGUGACUCUCUCGCCACGGCUUUUUUUGUGUUUUGGACAUCAUCAGGUCUGGGUUAGCUAGUUGAUAGCUCGCAUAGACUCGUUGUUGAGGAGUUUUUUGGUUUGGUGGGUGAAAUCGGUCUGUGUUUGUUUGUUUACCUUGUUUCUUCCUUCCUAGUUCUUUGUGUGCGGUAUGCAUAGAAGAAUCUACGAUAUUGCUUCACAUGCCGUCAUUUGGUGUUCGACUCACAAAAGCAGCCAUCGCGCGAAGAUUUUUUUUUGUGGUGUGUGGGCUGCCUGCGUGUGUCUCUCCUGUCGGAAAAGGCGUGAUUGACUUCUGUUUUUGAAACGCUUGGAAUUCCACGCCUCAAAAGUGCUGUUGUAGAGGCGUUUUGCUGUGCCGAUAGCUACGGUUAUGAUAAGAAACAAGAUAUUUGACGACUU